AUGCUGGUGACCUAUUUGGAAGCCAGCCGGGACCUUUGCGAGACGGACUCAAUUCUUUUUGGCGCCGCGCUGGCAGUCUGCCGUAUCAUAGGCGCCAAGGUUUCCACGGCUGGACGUGCUACUGGCCAUAGUAGCGCUAUCCCAGCAUGGAGAAGAAGAAUUGAGGAACGUAUCGCAAAGGCUAGAGCUCUCAUCGGCAGACUGAUAUGCUUCAGAUCAGGCAACAACAGGCCAAGAAUUGUGCGCACCGUCAGGAUGGCGUUUGCUGGGACAAAUGUCAGUUUGUCCCAGCCGGAUAUAACGCAAAAAACUGACGGAGCGCAUAGAUGA